ACCACCAUUAGCGAUAUCUUAUCUAACAAAAAAAUCAACAAACCAUCCAUGUUUUCUCUCACUCAUAACUUUCUAUUAGCCGUUUACAGGUUUAAGCUCCCAAAACCCAAAAAUGGUCCGCUGGAAACAGGUCACCCUACUUGGUGUAACAUUCACGAUAAUAUGGCUGCUCUAUUCACAAAAUAGUGCCACAAAACCACAGUGUAGCCAAUUUCCGAAGAAUGUUUUAAAGUACACGAAGACGUGGCAAAUCCAAAAAACCCAGCACGGUACUUUGCAACUAAUGAGCGCAUUUUUGGACGACCGCCAGAAGUCUGGGUUAUUCUCCAAACAGUACCCCACUAUUCGAAUUUUAGGCAUGCUGGACAACACGAAUCCACAAAAAUUCUAUUGCCAAAUUUGGUACGACAAGGAGGACGUGGCGGUUGUGGAAAGUAGCCACUUCUGGAUUUGGAACGGGGACUGGGAACAAGCUGAAACGUUCUUCCAACCCUUCGUGUUUUCUUGUGACACUCCUGACGAACGAAUACCUAAAUAUGUAUCUCUGGUUGCAAACAAAUGCGACCUAGCCACCAACAGACUGACCGUAGUUUACGAAAAAGUUAGCACGAAGGAAGAUUUCGUGGUCUGCGUUAAAGGUCUGAAUUUUCCUCACGAUGAUAUUAGUAUAAGACUGGUGGAAUGGAUCGAGCUCGUCACUCUUCUUGGAGCCACCAAAAUUCACUUCUACAAAUUCAGUGUUCACUCCAAUGUCCAGAAAGUGUUAGACUAUUACGAAAACCAGAACCGAAUUGCGAUUACCCCUUUGACUCUAGUAGGUAACUACUCCAACACUCCUGAUUUUCAAGCCAAGUUUCUACAUGAGCAUAAAGUUGAGCGUCGGUUACAAGAAGUUCUUCCUUUCAACGACUGUCUGUACACUUAUUUGUACAAAUACAAAUAUAUUGUCUCUUUGGACAUAGACGAAGUGAUUGUACCUAAAGCUGGUAACUGGUCUGACCUGAUGACGUACCUACAUGCUCGAAACGGACUGGCGGAUAGUUACCUCGCCCGAAACAUUUAUUUUUUUGAUCAUCUUGUACACAGUGUUGGGGAUAUUCCAGGUUAUAUGCAUAUUUUAACACAUGUUACAAGGGCAGAGGAGUUUUCGCCUGAAGGUGACUAUGUUAAGGGCUUCCAUGACACAGAAAGGGUGUUAGCACUCUAUAACCACAUUUCUUUGUGGUGUUCUGGCUGGUGGGGCUGCGAGAAUCUCAACAUUGGGGUGGAUUUAGCCCAAAUGCAGCACUACAGGAGUGACUGUGUUAAAGAGUUGAGGAACUGUGAGGAGUUGAAGAGACGAACUGUCGUGGAUACGAGAGUUUGGAGGUUUAAGCAGAAGUUAAUUCCAAGGGUUGAGACAGCUUUGAUUGACUUAUACUUUAUAGGUUGAUUUAUGUUUUUUUUUUGUAUCUGUGAAAUGAAAAAAAAUUGUAGAAGUUA